AUGGAUGGGUGUGAGUGGCAGGAGGAGGCCUUGGCCUCCUGCGCAGGUGAGUUGGGUGGCAGGCAUGCGUCUUGCACCAAGCUGCCUCAUUCAUUCUGCCCAGACACUGAGGUCCAGUGCCGAGGGCCUUUUGGCUGUUCCCUCGCUGCGAGAAGCCAAGUUACAUUGAACCAGGCAGAGGGCCUUCUCGGUAGUGGCGCCCGCCCUGUGGAACACCCUCCCACCAGAUGUCAAAGAGAAAAAUAACUACCAAACUUUAAGAAGACAUCUGAAGGCAGCCCUGUUUAGGGAAGCUUUUAAUGUUUAAUAGGUUAUUGUAUUUUAGUGUUUUGUUGGAAGCCACUCAGAGUGGCUGGGGAAACCCAGCCAGAUGGGCAGGGUAUGUAUGUAUGUAUGUAUGUAUGUAUGUAUAAAUAAAUAAAUAUUAAAUUUCUUUGUGACACUUAGCAACCCUCAAAGGAGGCUGUGGUCCUCACCCUCAAGACACAGCAUCCAGCAAAAGGUUAUCCAGAAAGCUUUAUAGAUGAGGGAAUAUUUCUGGUUGCUAGUGAGAUGGACAAAUGGAUCCAGAAAAGUCAGGGAACAUAGACUGUGUGGGAGGGACCCCAAUGGUCAUCCAGUCCACCCCCCUGUGAAUUGCAGCUGAAGAAUGCAGGUUGGUCUCCUUUGAGGGUAGCUAUCCUGUGGUGCUCUCAGAUGUUGUUCGACUCCAACCCCAUCAUCCCUUGGCACUGGCCAGGCUGACGGGAGAGGAAGUCCAGCAAUAACAAGAGGGCCACAGGUGAGCCACUCCACAAUGUCCAUAUCGGCCUUCCCCCAAGACAGACUGUACACAGCUCCUAUUGGUCCCAGACACAUGACUGCACACCAGCUAUUGCCAUAGCUGUCAACUUUCAGAUUUGAAAAUAAGGGAUCAGCAGCCUCAAAAAUAAGGGAUCAGCAGCCUCAAAAAUAAGGGAUCAGCAGCCUCACCUGUCCCGGGGACAGUCUACGGGAUAUCUAACAAUCCGGGAUAGCAGUGGGAAGCAGCGGGAAACGGUGCUGGAAUAAGCGAACUUCCUGCAAAAAAAGGGAAGGUUGACAGCUAUGGCUAUUGCUCCUAGCAAAGGAAAAAGAAGCUGGUCACAAUUUUAUAAAAACCAGCUUUUCCACCAGCAAAGGAGCCAGCAUCACCAAACAGCUGUUGCAAGUUUUCUUCUUGAAAUUUUCCCACCCCAAGUUGAACUAUUAAUUAAAAACUAAUCUGUUGCCAGAAAAGUAAUUUUCCUUUGGCACCAUGCAUAUCUGGGCUGCUGCCCUAUCGGCACCCUAUUUUCUCUAUUUUUUGGGGGGGGGGAGGUACAGAAAUAGCUAUUUCUUUGUCUUUCCAUAAAUCAUACCCUGCUUACUGGAAUGGGAGAAUAUAGGUGUAAUAUAUAAGAUUGGGAUGUUUUCGCCAGAUUACAUAGUCCGCUAUGCCUCUAUGAACAGAAUUGCAGGGAAUCUCUCAAAUACUUACCAUCAGAGGCUUCACACCUUCCACUGUUCAGCCUUGGAAGAUUUAUACUAUUGGCGUGACCUGCAAAGCCUAAGUCUCUUGGUGUCUUUCAUUAACGCCUGUUCAUCCUCCCUCCCUUUGUGCAGAAGGUUACUAUCCCGUGAGGAAAGGAGAGGUGUUCAAUGGAAGGUACCACGUAGCGCAGAAUCUCGGGUGCGGCUACUUCUCGACAGUCUGGCUUUGCCAAGACUUGGGGUGAGUAAACAAAAACGGCCUGCUCCUAACUGCAGAAGCCAGUCAUGUGGUAGGAACACAUUCUGUUGGCUGAGGAAGGGCUGUGUUUUCAUCUGGCCUUUCCUCAAGGGAGCUCAGGGCAGAGAACACAAGGCCCUUCCUGUCAUUUACUCCUCACAACGACCUUGCAAAGUAGGCUGCUAUAUCGUGGGGGGUGGGGAAAGGAGUGCCUGGUCAACGAUCUUCUGCCGACCGGGUGGAGAGGUUUGAACCCAUCUUUGAAACAGCUGGAAGAGGGCUGCAAAACAGUUCGGAGCCCAGAGAUUUGUUCUCGCUCUCAAUCUAUGCAUCUUCUUUCAGGAAGAAGAGGUGUGUGGCUGUCAAAGUGCCCAAGGGAGGGGAGGAUUUUGCUGAGGCAGCCUUGGAUGAAGUCAUGCUCCUUCGCUGUGUAGGUAACAAACCGCCAGUUGGGGGACUGGUGGCCCAUUGGGACUGGUAGGGUGUAAGGCAGGAGGCCAACAGUAGGUGGCGACAGAGCGGACGGCAGACAGAGCCAACAGAACCAGCUGUGUUUCAUCCUCUCCCCUGCUGAGUGCUACAAGGGGCAACACUGAGACGAGAGAGAGGGAAGCUGUUAGCUGGUACCAUCCUCUGGACUGAUAAACUAAGAAGGCUGAUAGGUAGAGGCUGGAAGAGGACUGAGCUUAGUGGGACAAGUGCCCUGUUCGCCCUCCUGGACCAGCCUCCACUGCAAAUCACCUCUUUUGUUCGAAAGCCCCUGAAGGUUAUGACCCUUGAGAUGCAUAUUUUUAGGGCACACCUAAAAAAAUAUUGCAAGCUGUAUUAAACUGUUUUUAACACUGUGUUUUUAAUCAUGGUAACCAGCCUUGGGAGCUCAAGAUAAAAGGUGUAUAAUUAAUACUAGUACUACUAGUAAUACUACAUAAUUCAGAUUAUGUCUGAAUAGGAUGAGAGUGUUGGAGAUACGUGCAAAUGUGUAUGUGAACCCGGUCUUCGAGUGGGUGUUUGAUUUUCGUUGUUGUGUAUACUGUGUAUAUACGGACAAUGACAAUAAAUUUAUCUAUCUAUCUAAUGAUGCCAUUCCUACGUUAAUGGGCCAUUUCAAACACAGUUGGUACCUCCCCUAAUCGCAAGCCAUCCGGAGACUGUCGAAGGCCUCAAUAAAAGUAAUUUGUGCACGUUUUUUAUUUAUUUAUAUUUCUGCAGGUGAACAGCAAGAGGAGGAAAGACCAAGCCAGCGACCGUGUCAUCCACUUCCUGGACGAUUUCAAAAUGAUUGGAGACAAUGGCUUCCAUAUCCUUUGGUUGGUAGGGCACAAAAAGAUGGACAGGGCAAUGCUAUUAAAUAUUGGACAUUUCCACUGAUAUUGUACUAACCUGCUGUCCUAACACACCCAGCUGUCCUUAACGGAAUUCGCUAUAAUCACCAUCAUCAUUACAGUCAAACCUCGAUUUCCCAAAUGCUUCCGUUUUGGAACGUUUUGGCUCCCAAACGCUGAAAACCCAGAAGGAAGUGUUCCGGUUUUCAAACAUUUUUAGGAAGCCAAACAUCCAGUGUGGCUUCUGCUUGAGUACAGGAAGCUCCUGCAGCCAAUAGGAAGCUGUGCCUCGGUUGCUGAACAUUUCGGAAGCUGAACAGCCUUCCAGAAUAGAUUAUGUUCGAGAACCGAGGUUUGACUGUAUUUUAUAUGCUGCCCAUCUGACUGGGUUGCCUCAGCCACUCUGGGUGGCUUCCAACAAAUUAAAAACAUUAAGCACAGUGAAGCAUCAAACAUUCAAAUUUCCUAUACAGAGCUGCCUUCAGUUGUCUUCUAAAAGUCAGGUAGUUGUUUAUUUCCUUGACAUCUGCUGGGAGGGCGUUCCACAGGGAAGGCACCACCACUGAGGAAGGCCCUCUGCCUGGUUCCCUGUAACCUCAUUUCUCACAGAGAGGGAACCGCCAGAAGGCCCUCAAAGCUGGACCUCAGUGUCCAGGCUGAAUGAUGGGGGUGGAGGCUCUCCUUCUGGUAUACUGAGCCGAAAACGUUUAGGGCUCUAGGUCAGCACCAACACUUUGAUUUGUGCUCAGAAACAUACUGGGAGCCAAUGAAGAUCUUUUAGGACUAGUGUUAUAUUGUUCCUGGCAGCCGCUUCUGAAUUAGCUGUAGUUUCCGAGUCAGCUUCAAAGGUAGCCCCACGUAGAGCGCAUUGCAGUAGUCCAAGCGGGAGAUAACUAGAGCAUGCACCACUCUGGUAGGACAGUCCGUGGGCAGAUAGGGUCUCAGCCUGCGUACCAGGUGGAGCUGGUAGACAGCUGCCCUGGACACGGAAUUGACCUGCGCCUCCAUGGACAGCUGUGAGUCCAAAAUGACUCCCAGGCUGCACACCUGGUCCUUCAGGGGCACAGUUAGCCCAUUCAGGACCAGGGAAUCCCCCACACCUGCCUGCCCUCUGUCCACCCCAAAACAGUACUUAUGUCUUGUCAGGAUUCAACCUCAGUCUGCCAUCUUCUAACUGCCUCUAGACACUCACACAGGACCUUCACCGCCUUCACUGGUUCUGAUUUAAAGGAGAGGUAGAACUGGGUAUCAUCUGCAUACUGGUGAACUCCCAGCCCAAUCCCCCUGAUGAUCUCUCCCAGUUAACUUUCCUUGUGGGACACAGUUCUCAGGAAGCUAUUUCUCACAUCCUCCACUCCCUCUGCAUGAGACCUUGAGGAGCUGCCGCUGGAGUGAACCGAAUUCCAGCAGUUUCCCAGUUACUGAAUCCCUGACAGUAUCUCCUCCCACAUGUGUGCUUAGUGUUUGAGCUGCUGGGGCCUUCUCUGCAGUCUCUGCUGAGCAGCCAAGGAGUCCAGGGCCUCCCGUUACCCUUUGUGAAGAAAGCAACACAACAGGUAAGUACAGGAUUACCUGGAGAGCUGAGCCAGGCAGAAUCAGGGCUUGCCAAGAUGCACCAAGGCAGUUGCUGUGGGGAUAUUUCUCAGGCGGCAGUUGCAGCAAAGGAUGCAUUGGGUGGGUGGAGGGGAGAACACUUUGUGGCCCUGGCCUCACCGAAAUCCAUGCACUCAAUAUAAAUUCAUGCAUCUUCCCAUUCAGAUGUAUGGGCAGAGUUGGCUGGUUCUCACUGGGAUUGGUAGGGCAGAAGGCAGGGAGUCUGACAGCAGGUGGCGCCACAGCCAACAACAGCUCCAGUCAUAAAAAGGUAAAGGUAAAGGACCCCUGACAGUUAAGUCCAGUUGCGGACGACUCUGGGGUUGUGGUGCUCAUCUCGCUUUACAGGCUGAGGGAGCCAGUGUUUGUCCGCAGACAGUUUUUCCAGGUCAUGUGGCCAGCAUGACUAAGCCGCUUGUGGCGCAACGGAACACUAAAACCAGAGCAGUGCACGGAAAUGCCGUUUACCUUCCCGUUGGAGUGGUACCUAUUUAUCUGCUUGCACUAUUUGGCGUGCUUUCGAACUGCUAUCCUCCCUGCUAAGUCAUACAAGGGCAACACUGAAAAUGAGGAAGGUGACAGGCAGCGCGGAGGGAAGGAUGACACAGGUGGGACUGUGACCCAAAUGUCCCCAUGGAGCAGCCUCCACGGAUGCUGGGCAAGUUUCUCCCUUUGCAUAAAACCCUGGAGGCCUGCAGAAGAGGCUGCUUGAGUCCCUGGCACAUCCCCUUCCCGGGUCACGUGCAACAUUGGUAAGCAACCCUGGCACCUAAGUGUUUCUGCGCAUGUGCAGAAUUUUCUUCUGGAAUAAGAGACUUCACAAGGCCAAUCCGGAGGUCUCCCAUACUUCCUGCCAAUCACAGGCGGUCAACGCUACACCAUCCUUUUCCUUCCUGAGGUGUGAGCACAUCCAGUCCAUGACAGAUUUUUCUUAAGGCUAAGACCUACCCGUACUGUAGCGGCAAAUUCAGAAGUGCAGGGCCUCUUCAUGACAGCCACAGCCACACACCCUUCUAAGAUGAUACAAUACAGUCAUACCUCUUGUUACGUUUGCUUCAGGUUAAAUAUUUUCAGGUUGCGUCCCGCGGUGACCCGGAAGUACCAGAAAGGGUUACUUCUGGGUUUCGCUGCUCGCGCAUGCACGGAUGCUCAAAAUGAUGUCGCGCGCAUGCACAGAAGUGGUGAAUCGCAACCUGUCAAACGCACAGAUGCGGGUUGCGUUCUGCUCAUGUUGCGAACCGGGCUCCAGAACGGAUCCCGUUUGCAACCAGAGGUACGGCUGUAAUCUUUUAAUUAUACAAUAAUAAUACUCACGGAUGCAUUGCAGCGACUAAUGCAAAUCUCAAGGUGUUGCCUUUUAGCUACUUCUGUUUAUUUUCUGUGCACAUACAUGGCAACUGAUUUGGAGAUACUCUUUCGGAGUGACUCGCGUUUUGUACAUUACGGAGUUUGCAUAGCAUUCCCUUGAAACAGAAGCCCCUUGUGUUCCUUGUUGUUGUUUGUUGUCGUUUAGUCACGUCCGACUCUUCGUGACCCCCUGGACCAGAGCACGCCAGGCACUCCUGUCUUCCACUGCCUCCUGCAGUUUGGUCAAACUCAUGCUGGUAGCUUCGAGAACACUAUCCAACCAUCUCGUCCUCUGUCGUCCCCUUCUCCUUGUGCUCUCCAUCUUUCCCAACAUCAGGGUCUUUUCUAGGGAGUCUUCUCUUCUCAUGAGGUGGCCAAAGUAUUGGAGCCUCAGCUUCAGGAUCUGUCCUUCCAGUGAGCACUCAGGGCUGAUUUCCUUCAGAAUGGAGAGGUUUGAUCUUCUUGCAGUCCAUGGGACUCUCAAGAGUCUCCUCCAGCACCAUAAUUCAAAAGCAUCAAUUCUUCGGCGAUCAGCCUUCUUUAUGGUCCAGUUUUGGAGCAUACAAAGCAACUCCACUCCAUGUUCUUUCCACAUGCCUUCUCCAGAGUGACCCCAGAAGCCGAUCCUCCUUGGCUGACUCACCUUCCCUUUGACCCUGAUGAGCCCCAGUCAGAUCGGACGGCUCUAGGGUGCUGGAGACAGGGACCCUGCUGCAGAAAUAGAUAUGGGUCUUCGAUCUCCAUACCCCCAUGCCUCUGAGCCCCGCUCCCAGCUCUGGAGUUUCUCCUUUAUGCUCUUCAAUACCGCAAAAAUAUAAAGCGCAGUACACAUUGAACAGCUUUGGGCCACUGAUUGCCUCUGCUUCACGGCAGGUUCUCCAGGGCUUGCAUUUCUUGCACAAGGAGUGUCGCAUCAUCCAUGCAGACAUCAAACCGGAGAACAUCCUGCUCUGCAUGGCGGAAGGGAGCCUGCAGGCGCUUCUCCACAAGGUGGCUUUCCAGGAACACGGCGCAGGAGCCGAGCCCAAGAGGCCAGGUAGGCCAGGCAGGAGAAAAGGCCGCAGAGUUUGUUUGGAAGGGGAGAGCACCUCCACCCAGGAACUUGGAGGAAUCUCUCUUUGGGCACUUCAGGCCAGAGGUGGGGAACAAUUUUUCUUAGAUCAAGGGCUGCAGCCCCUUGUGGGUUAACUUCUGGAGCCGCAUGCUGGUGGUGGGCAGGACCUAGGGUUGCCAACUCAGGAGACGGAGGUUAAUUGGGAGAGGGUGGCAAUGCCUAUGCCAUACUCUCCAGCAUUUCUCUAAUGAAACUAGGGACAUCCUAUUCAAUAAUAAUAAUAAUAAUAAUAAUAAUAAUAAUAAUAUCACUUAUACAGUGGUACCUCGGGUUACAUACGCUUCAGGUUACAUACGCUUCAGGUUACAGACUCCGCUAACCCAGAAGUAGUGCCUCAGGUUAAGAACUUUGCUUCAGGGUGAGAACAGAAAUUGUGCUACGGUGGCGUGGCAGCAGCGGGAGGCCCCAUUAGCUAAAGUGGUGCUUCAGGUUAAGAACCGUUUCAGGUUAAGAAUGGACCUCCGGAACGAAUUAAGUACGUAAUCAGAGGUACCACUGUACCCUGUCCAUCUGAGUGGGUUGCCUUAGCCACUCUGGGCAGCUUCCAACCUAUACAGAAACAUAGCAAAACAUUAAACAUUAAAAAAAACCCUUCCUUGCCUUCUAAAGGUUGUAUAGUUACUUAUCUCCUUGGCUCGGGGGGGUCGCAUGACUCCAUACCCUCCAACGUUUCUCUGGUGAAAACAGGGACGUCCUAAGGAAAAGCAAGACUUUCUGGGAUCAAAUCAGAAACCAUAAAUCCGGGACAGCUUCUGUAAAUCCGGGACUGUCUCUGGAAAAUAGGGAUACUUGGAAGGUCUGCUGUGCUAUAAUUUGCAGCUGACUCCUGCUGGGAUGAAGUUUGCAAGAUACAUUUACAGUCUUCUUUUGGAAUUGGUUUCCAUCGGGAUGAGAUGUCACACUGCUGCUGUUGGAUCAGGGCUGGUGUGAAAUACAGGUGCCAUAAGGGAUAUAUAACCUAUGGUAUUCUAUCGCCUCCAGAGCUUAUUUCCUUGUGUUUGUUCCAUCCAGAGGAGGACGUGGCUGCUGUCCUGGAUUGCUGCAACCUCAUGAAAUUGGGAGUGAAAAUUGCGGACCUGGGAAGUGCAUGCUGGACGGUGAGUCUAUGACAGCAAACCCACCCGUCCCUUUUCUGCCAUCGUUGCUUGUUAGUACAUUGCUCUCCAUUGAAGUGCGCCAGGGAGGGCAUCACCCCAUGGCUGGCUAGUUAAUCUUUUUGACAAGACUGCCACAGGUAGUAGGGAUGGAGGGGAAAUCCGUCAGUUCGCACUUAAAGGUGAACACACCCAAUUUGUACUUUCCACAACAACACUCAAACUGAAGCAGAGCCUUGCUUCAAAAUUUGCACUUCUCCAAAUCUUGUGCAGUUUUCUAGCCAAGUCAUGUGUACCCCCCGCCAAGAAAAUGCAUAUAUUAGUGUCAAGCGUGCAUAAAAGUUCAUAAUGUACAAAACCGCAUUAUAUUUCAGGAAAUUGCUUGCAAAAAAAUAAUGUAUAUCGGGGAAUAACUUCACAGGAAUGUGUGUGUAGGAGAAACACGUAUAAAAAUGCUGAUGACUUUUUAAUGAGGAGCUUCCUUUUUAAAAAAAAAAUCACAAACUACUAUGGAAGCUGGAAAAAAAUAAUACAUUUUUAUUCGAUCUUCAAUUUAAAAAAUCCAAUUACAACUGGAAAAAUGAGAAACUAAAAUUUGGCAGAGGCACCUGUCCCCUUGCCACAAGCCAAGAACAAAAUACAAGAGCUUUCUGCCCUAGGCCGUGCUAUGGGUGGUUUUCCCCUGGUCUUUUAAGCUGGGGGAAAGGCAGCAGUGAACAUAGGGACAGGUGUGAAUAUGUAAUAAAAGCCCUGCUGGCUCUGUCUAAAUACCCCUCUAGUCCAGCAUUCCCUUUCGCCCAGUGGACUAUCAGAUGCCACCAAGUUGAGCAGGAAGGCAGCGCCAUAGCUCAGUCAAUAGAGCAUAAAACUCUUAAUCUCAGGGCUGUGGGUUUGAGUCCCACAUGGGGCCAAAGAUUCCUACAUCACAGGGGGUUGGACGAGAUGACCCCCAUGGUCCCUUCCAACCCCACAAUUCUAUUAUUAUAAUUCUAAGCAGUGCUUUUUUCUGGGGGAUGCGGGGGGAGGGGGUUACACAUACCCCCUAAACAUUUUGUGAAUCUAAGUUUGGCCUCAUUGAGGGACAGUACAGUGGUACCUCGGGUUACAGACGCUUCAGGUUACAUACGCUUCAGGUUACAGACUCCGCUAACCCAGAAAUAGUACCUCAGGUUAAGAACUUUGCUUCAGGAUGAGAACAGAAAUCACGAGGCGGCAGUGGGAGGCCCCAUUGGCUAAAGUGUUACCUCAGGUUAAGAACAGUUUCAGGUUAAGAACGGACCUCCAGAACGAAUCAAGUUCUUAACCCGAGGUACCACUGUAUUUCAAUCUGAGUAGGAAAAUGAGAGUACCCCUAAAUAAAUAAAAAUUCUUUUUUUUAAGAAAAAAAGCACUGAUUCUAAGGCAAAAGACCUCUCCACCUAUUGUUGCCCCCCCAGCUGCUAUAUUUGGAGGUAUACCUCCUCUGAACAGUACAAACCUAACCAUGUCCUAUUGAUUGCAGUGGGGCUUACUCCCAGAUCUGCAUCAAUAAUAAUAAUAAUAAUAAUAAUAAUAACAAUAAUAAUAAUAAUAAUAAUAAUAAUAAUUUAUUUAUAUCCCGCCCUCCCCAGCCGAAGCCGGGCUCAGGGCGGUUAACAACAAUAAAAUAAUACAACAUUCUAAAAUCAGUUCAUUAUAAAAAUAAUUCAAAUCAAAUUAAUGGCAACCAUUGGGCUAGAGUUCUGUGAAGAUUGCCAAAGGAGGGAGUCAGGCUGAUAAUAAUAAAUUUUUAUUUUUACUUAUAUUUGUAUAUAAAUAUUUUAGUUAUAUAUAUUAUUUAUAUUUAUAUAUAAUAUAUUUAUAUUUAUAUAUAAUAAAAAUUCUCUUAAACCAAAAAGGCCCCGACACUUCAGUUUUUCAAAGCCUCGCAGGGAAGAUUCUUUGAGCCCCUGAUAAUUGGAGUUUCUCCCUUUGAAUCUCCCAUGGCCAUGCUUACAGGCCUUCCUUAUGCGCCCGCUUGACUGCUUCGAUUGGUGGAAAUGGCACUGCCGCAGAAUACCCAUCCCACAUUUAUAAGAACCCAUUAGUUUAGUGUGGCCCUUUGGAACUCCCUGCCUGUUAAUAAUCAAGCAGGCACCUUCGCUGGAUUAUUUCCGGCACCUGCUAAAAACGUUCUUCUUUUGGUGCUUAGAAAAGCUGGUGUGAAUUUUAAUAUGCUUUAGUCUUUUAACCUCUUGUGUCUUUUAACACAUUUCAAUCCUUUCCUGGUCUUACGGUUUUAUCUGUUUGUAAAUCAAGGGUGGUUUUGUUUUUCUUUUUUUGCUAUCAAGCAGUGUUUAAAUCUUAUGAAAUGAACCAACAAAUAAAAUAAUCCUGCCCAGUGUUAUUCCCUUAAGGAUCUGCCGCUGUUUUACGCUGCCUGCCUACCCAAAAGUACAUUUGGGCCAUCUACUCUCACUCAGCCCGUUGUCCCUUCUGUUCCAGUACAAGCCCUUUUCCAAGAAGAUCCAGACCCAGCCCUAUAGAGCCCUGGAGGUCCUCCUCGGAUUAGAUUACGGCACCCCAGCGGAUAUCUGGAGCACAGCGUGCCUGGUAAGGAAUUGUUAUGUGCUGAAGCUCUCACCUUGGGCCAGCAGGGGGAUACUGUAGAUAGUUUUCACUCAAGUCCACGUAUGCAAAUAAGGGAUCGAAAGUGACGUUUGGUGAUUGGAUAGUUACAGAAAGUGGUUACUGUUGCGUUGUAGUGGAGCUCUAUAUAAGCAGGCUGGCUGAACCCUUCAGUUCAGUUCUGUUCUGGCCUGUGAAUAAACAAGAGCUGUUUGAAGAAUUGCUGUGCCGUCUGAUAUGUUCACCCACAACUUAACAGGAAUGUUCCUUCAGCAAUGGCAUUGCUGCUGCUGCUGCUUCUUCUUGCCUUUAGAAUCGCAACCAUCUAUUCAUAUGAACUGAUAGCCUUGGGGUUCCUCCCAAUGCCCUUUUCGCUCAGCGUUCACCCUAAUCUGUUUGCACAAAUCUUAAACAGUGUUUACGAUUAUGUCCACCCUUUAUUGAGCAUUUGUUCCGGUUUGUUUCUGGAGUGGUUAUAUGACAAUGAGCAGUCAUCCUGCCUUCACCCUGAUUUGCUUGCGGGGUGUUUACAUGUCUUCCCGUUCACCAUUCAUUCACCCCACACUUUGCAAUGCAUUUCUUAAUCGCUCCGCAAGCUGCAAAAAAGGUGCGCUUUAUCUGUGGAUUUGUUGUGCUGAGGCGAUGGAGCACUUCAAUCCACUUUAAAUGUGCAACCCUAAAUUUGUGGCAUGCGCUGGAAUCCCUCCUGUAAAAUAGUCUGGAGGCACCUUUGGGAUUGAGCAUAGCUGGAUUUCACCCUAGACUCCUGCGUGUCUCUACUUCUUGUGAAAACGUUUCAGAGACGUAAGAUGGAUAUUUCAAUAUUUAUAGUCCUUCGGAUCAAACUGCUAAGUGUAUUGUAAAAACAAAAAUAUUUACAGUGGUACCUCGGGUUACAUACGCUUCAGGUUACAGACUCCGCUAACCCAGAAAUAGUACCUCGGGUUAAGAACUUUGCUUCAGGAUGAGAACAGAAAUCGUGCUCUGGCGGCGCGGCAGCAGCGGGAGGCCCCAUUAGCUAAAGUGGUGCUUCAGGUUAAGAACAGUUUCAGGUUAAGAACAGACCUCCGGAACGAAUUAAGUACUUAACCCGAGGUACCACUGUAUUGACUAUACGAAUUGGCUCGCGGUGGACUUACUCGGGGUGUGUGUGUGUGUGUCAUCCUGCAGGCUUUUGAACUGGCCACUGGAGACCGUCUAUUUGAUCCCCAGGCUGGGCAGUAUUUUUCCAGAGAUGAUGGUAGGUCAGAGUCCAGCCUGUCUUCUUAAACUCCAUUUGAUAGGAGAAACCGUACAGUAAAGCAUCUAACUUUGCUUCCCUCCCCCCCAUUUCAGAUCACGUGGUUCGGAUUAUCGAACUCCUGGGCAGAAUCCCACCUAAAGUUGCUUUGUUCUGGAAGCGGGCGACAACAUUCUUCAACAGGCAAGGUGAGACUGCGGGAGUUGGAGAUAAGAGCAGAGGUCCAGUGGGAGGAGUUGGUGGGGAGUCAGAAGGCCUGUUACUAUCUCUGCAGCGAGCUUUUCAGAAGUCUUCUCACCUUUAGUGCUGGUUGAGCCAAUCAGAGUGGAAAGGGGUAAGUCAGUCACCGAGGAUCGGCUCCUAGAGUCGUUUUGGAAGAACACGAAGGAGUAGUUAGAUAAUUAGAUACAGUGGUACCUCAGGUUAAGUACUUAAUUCGUUCUGGAGGUCCGUACUUACCCUGAAACUGUUCUCAACCUGAAGCACCACUUUAGCUAAUGGGGCCUCCUGCUGCCGCCAUGCCGCCAGAGCACGAUUUCUGUUCUCAUCCUGAAGCAAAGUUCUUAACCUGAAGCACUAUUUCUGGGUUAGCGGAGUCUUUAACCUGAAGAGUAUGUAACCUGAAGCGUAUGUAACCUGAGGUACCACAGUAAUUUAUUACGGUCAAAGACCAGCUCACAUAACACAAUAAAAACAGCGUUCAUAAAGAUAAAAUAUACAAUUGGAACAGAUUGCAGCAAUAGCUCAUGAGUUAAAAUUGAGAUAUAUACAUACACACGUACAACUGAGAUUUGGGCUACCAUAAAAAAUUGCCCCUGAGGCGCCCCAAAGGGCAACUUCAGCAUUUCCCUAGUAAGCUGUUUUAUUCUAGAGGAUGAUCUGUGCCUACAAAUCUGGGCGCAGAAUCUGGCUACUAGUCAGGUCGUCUUAUGAUCUUUGCCUAAGAGGAGAAAAUUAAGUUUAGACUUGUCUGAAAGAUCAGCAAGCCUCUUCAGCAAAGGAUCAAUGGUGUCUCUACGAAUCUCAACAUAAAAAGGACAUAUAAAAAAUAUAUGUUUGAGGCUUCCUAUUUCCUCUAAUGGGCAGGCGCAAAGUCUCGAAGGAGUAGUUAUUAAUCCUCCAAAGCUAGGAAUUUAGAAGCACUCAAAACACAAGGUGCUUCAAUUUUCAAGUGAAAAAGUGUGGAAGUUAAUGCUAAGUACAGUGGAACUUCCAAGGAAAAAAACAGCCUAAGUAACUCCGAAAGAAUCUACUGCAGCACUCCAUAUCAUUUGCCCAUGGAUGGGCAAAGUGUUGGUGCUUUAAAGCCCUAAACGGCCUCGGCCCUGUAUACCUGAAGGAGCAUCUCCACCCCCAUCGUUCAGCCCAGACACUGAGAUCCAGCUCUGCGGGCCUUCUGGCAGUUCCCUCACUGGGAGAAGUGAGGUUACAGGGAACCAGGCAGAGGGCCUUCUCGGUGGUGGCGCCCGCCCUGUGGAACACCCUCCCAUCAGAUGUCAAGGAAAUAAACAACUAUCUGACUUUUAGAAGACAUCUGAAGGCAGCCCUGUUUAGGGAAGUUUUUAAUGUUUGAUGUUUUAUUCUGCUUUUAAUGUUCUGUUGGGAGCUGCCCAAAGGGGCUAGGGAAACCCAGCCAGGUGGGCGGGGUAGAAAUGAUAAAAUUAUAUUAUUAUCAUUAUUAUGCACAGAAAAUAGUAGAUCUAGCUGAAAGGCAACACAUGGCGAUCUGCAGUGAUGUUUGCAAUGCGUGCCUAAUUUUAAGAUGAUUGUAUUAUCCUCGAAGGUUGUAUCAUUUUAGAAGGGGUUGUGGCUGUGAGGGGGAGUGGCUGUGGCUGUCAUGAAGGGACUUUUCGCUUCUGAAUUUGGCCCUACGCUAUUGCAUAGGAAGCACUGCAAAUGCAAAGGAUUGCCUUUGCACAGCCAGGCCCAAGUCCGGUGUGAAAUUCUGCACUUGCCUGGUGCAAUUGCAAAAGAUAAAUUUGUAAAGGAAAAAUGCAAAAGAGUCAUCCACAGGUGCCCGCUCCAGGGCACUCACAACACGGGAGUCCAAUGCAACUUCCAGUUUCUCGUGAAGCGGCGCUGCACCGCAGAUGCAACAUGACGUCAUUGGAACCCAUAAUCUUGGCCCAAGUCAGUGUCCCUUUGUGGCGAUCACACAGGGUCCCCGGACGUUUGACGGUCUAUUGAUCCCUGUGCCACCACUGUGAUUGCUUUCUUCGCUGCCACCACCCCGUAUCUCACAGGGACACACGGAGUCCAGACAGUUGUUAACAUUAACAAAUAAUCAAGUUUAUUUUUAAAUGCAGGAACAAGCUUACGGUUUCAGUUAAUUUUUCUUGGCAGUUUCUUAAUCUUAGUUUCUAUACUGUCCUAUUCGUUCCUAACAACUUCAAACUGAUUAUCCCAACUAUCUAUCUGACUCCACCUAACAGUUCCUCUCACUCUCUCACCACACAACUCGACGGACCCACAGAUUUAUAUCCUCCCUCUUCCUUCUCCAACUCUCAACUCUGACUUCCAAAAAACACUAACUCUAACUCCUCCUAUCAGUUUCCACUGGCCAAUCACAUCACACUCAUUUUAACCCUUUCCUUAUGACCCACCUAGGAGGCAAACGCCACACCCUGCCCUUGUCCCCAGGAAGAAUCUAACAGGUUUCCGGAACAUGACUGCGGCUACUUUUUUCCUCUCUCCUUUGGCAGGUGCUCUCCUGAGAAUGUCCUGGCUGUCUCCCUAUGACCUCUACCAUAUCCUCACAGAUAAAUACAGCUGGCCCAAGCAUCAGGCAUCUUCGCUUACCAGUUUUCUCCUACCUAUGCUGGAAUAUGCCCCAGAAAGGAGAGCAGCAGCUGACAAAUGUCUUCAGCAUCCUUGGCUCAAUACCUAG